CAAAGUCCACAAAGCACUUUACAAAUAGCUCAUAACCAGUGGAUAGUUUGAGAGUGUCUCUAGUGUCUGUAGACACCCCACCGUUCGUGCUAGGAUUUGUCGUCUGUUUUCGACAGCGCAAAAGCAUGGGAGAUAGAUUGCGUCUUGCAAUUGGAGUGCUGGGAAAUGCUGCCUCGUUAUUAUUAUAUGCAGCUCCCAUAUUGACUUUUGCAAGGAUUAUAAAAAGGAAGAGCACGGAAGAGUUCUCUUGCAUUCCAUACAUCCUCGCGCUCUGGAACUGCCUCCUUUACACUUGGUACGGGCUUCCGGUUGUGAGCUACCGAUGGGAAAACUUUCCGGUCGUCACGGUCAACGGCGUUGGGAUUCUUCUCGAGAUCUCUUUCAUUGCCAUAUACUUUUGGCUCACUUCCACGAAACAGAAGAUAAAGGUGGCUGCAAUGGCGCUGGGAGUGCUCACCUUUUUCAUUAUCAUUGCCAUUGUAUCGACUUUUAUAUUUCAUGAUCACCAUCACCGAAAAGUAUUUGUCGGAAGUAUAGGGCUUGUGGCCUCAGUCGCGAUGUAUGGAUCUCCACUGGUUGCUGUUAAACAAGUGAUAAAGACGAAGAGCGUGGAAUUUAUGCCCUUCUACUUGUCGCUGUUCUCAUUCAUCUCUAGUUCCCUUUGGUUGGCCUACGGACUACUGAGCCACGAUCUCUUCCUCGCGUCGCCUAAUCUGGUGGGGAGUCCUAUGGGGGUGCUGCAACUGAUACUCUACUGCAAGUACAGGCAAAGAGGAGUCGUGGAAGGACCGAGCAAGUGGGAUUUGGAAAGCAAUGGCGAUCGCAACAAGUCCAAACAGCUGCAGCUAGCGGAAAAUGACCAUGUCACCGAUCCAAAAUGUCCAUCUUGAUCCCUCUUGUAAUCCUAUCAUCUGCCGGCUGAUCAAUGAGGUUCCAACGCCACUCAUGCUGAAAAUUUUCAACUCAGCUUCGCGCAGUCUAGAUAAAUAAAGAAAAAGAAAAUUGAACCGUGUUAGUUAUGUAAUAGUUACAUGUUAGGGAUUUCAGUUGUGUUGUCAAAUUAAUGGUAAAGAUGUAUUCAUUCAUUUGUCAAAUUAUCUAUAUAAAUGAUUCCAUAA